AUGAAUGAGCUCAUCAUUUUUACUUUGACCUGCAGUGCUAAAAAUAAGUAAGUGCAGCAAAUUAGAGUAGGAACUUUUCACAAACUAGUUCACCUUCAUGCUUAGUCUGUUGUCUUCCAUCCAUCCAUCCAUUACUUGUAACCGCUUAUCCUCAUCAGGGUCACAGUGGGACUGGAGCCUAUCCCAGCUGACAUUGGAGGAGUGGCGGGGCACACCCUGGACAAGUCGGCAGCCACAUAAAGACAAGCAACCAUUCACAUUUACAGGGAAUUUAGAGUAACCAAUUAACCUAUUAACUGCAUGUCUUUGGAAUGUGGGAGGAAACUGGAGUACCUGCUGAGGAUCCACACAGAGACAGGGAAAACAUGCAAAGUCCACACAGAGCUUUGAACCAGGAACCUUCUGUGCUGUGAGGGUACGGUGCUAACCACUGCACAGAAAUUGUGUACACAGUUCACAGUAAUUGCUAUACAAAAAAAGAUCUGGGAUAGUUAACUGGUUUGUGUUUUCUGUGUUUGAGUCCACUAGGUUGGGUGGAGGCAGUAUUCACCGUACCAAAGGAAGUGUUUGUGUACUACAAAAGGGAACAAUAGAAGAAGAAAGUCUGCGUGCGCAUGUGUGUGAAAUAUGUGCUCACACACACUGCUGGAAAAAAGACAGCGGAGGCAAAAAAAAGGGAGACGGGAAGUAGACUGAUCAGAUUCGAAAAUUUCCUCAGAAGCAGAGGAACAGAGCGACGUGUCGGUGCUGGAUGUGAAGAUGGGGCACACUUUGCUCCGUGUGCUGGAGUUAUUCUUGGUGAAUACACUCCUCUACGUACACGCUGAAGUGGGACAUCCUAAACCCAGACUGACAGUAGACACAAACAUCAUACACGGAAAGAACAAUGUGACACUGACCUGUUCUGUGGAGGGCUCCGCUGACUGGACUGUCUGGAAAUACGACUGGUUCAAGCGUACAUCUUACUCCUCUGAAGCUCAGUCCAUAAGGAAUGGUGUACCAGAGAACAUUAUCGGUGUCUCAGAAGAAGGUCUGUACAACUGCAGAGGAAGAAGAGAAGAUCCACCGUUCUACACAGAGUACAGCAAUGAAGUGACCAUUCAGAAAAUUUUUUCCAACAGGGUCAGUUUGACCCUUCAACCCAACUGGACUCAGAUAUUCAAAGGUGAGACGAUCACUCUAAGAUGUCAGAUCGAGGGAGGUGGAGGCACUGAUUGGACGUAUCAAUGGACACCAGAGAGAUUAAACAUACCACCAACAAACAAUGAAUACAGGAUCAGCAGCGCUACUGAGUCUGACAGUGGAGAAUACAGGUGUAUUGGUAGAAGGGACUCAUAUUCCUCAACUGGGUGGAGUAAUACCAUCACAUUGACAGUAUCAGCAAGAAAACCUGAACCCAGACUGACAGCAGACAACAUACCAGUGAGGGGCACUGUGAGACUGACCUGUUCUGUGGAGGGCUCUGCUGACUGGAAAUACGACUGGUUCAAACGUACAUCUGACUCCUCUAAAGCUCAGUCCAUAAGGAAUGGUGUACCACACAAAGUUAUCGAAGUUUCAGAAGGAGGUCUGUACCACUGCAGAGGAGGAAGAGGAGAUCCACCGUUCUACACAGAAGAAAGCAAUGAAGUUACCGUUCAUGGAACUGUUUCCAACAGGGUCAGUUUGACCCUUCAACCCAACAGGACUCAGAUAUUCAGAGGUGAGACGAUCACUCUCAGAUGUCAGAUCGAGGGAGGUGGAGGCACUGAUUGGGCGUAUAUAUGGAUAAAAGACAAAUUAAACAUACCAUCAACAAACAAUGAAUACAGGAUCAGCAGCGCUACUGAGUCUGACAGUGGAAAAUACUGGUGUAAAGGUAGAAGGGACUCAUAUUCCUCAACAGAGUGGAGUAAUUUCAUCACAUUGACAGUAUCACCAAACAGACCAAAGGCUGAACUGAGUGCUGAUGACAGAGACAUUCCAGUAGGGGGCAGUGUGACCCUGACCUGCUCUGUGAAGACAUCAUCAUCUGGUUGGAAGUACUUCUGGUACAGAGGAGAGAAAACCUCUGAACCCCUGACCACACAAGAUGUUUUACUCUCAACUGGACGUAUCAGAGUCUCACAGGAAGGAGUCUACUGGUGCAGAGGAGGAAGAGGAGAGCCAGUUUACUACACAGAGUACAGUGAUUCAAUCAGUAUCAACAAAAUUGUUGUAAACAAGGCUGUUGUGACUCUGCAACCAAACUGGUCUGAAAUCUUCAGUGGAGAGACGAUCACUCUCAGAUGUGAGAUCAAGAAUGGAGGAGACACUGAGUGGGAGUAUGAAUGGAAAACAACCAGCUCAAGAAAACCUUCAAAUCAAAAUGAAGUCAGUAUUACAUCUGCUUAUGUAUCUCAUAGUGGAGACUACAGGUGUAAGGGCAGAAAGAAAAAUAAACAGUCAACAGACUGGAGUGAUCCCAUCAAACUGACAGUAUCAGACGAAAAACCCAAGUCUGUCCUCACUGUGUCUCCAUUGUGGCUGAAUGCUGGAGACUCAGUAACUCUGAACUGUGAGGUUGAACAUCCAUCUGCAGGAUGGAGGUUCUACUGGUAUAAGACUGUUCCCAAACUACCAGACUACUCCUACAGCUUGGAGCUGCUACCUGUAAGCAGCAAUGGGACUGAACAGGAUUCCUACAUCGUUCAUGGACAGACUGGCACAGCACGAUAUGUGUGCAGAGCUGAAAGAGGAGACCCAGUGUAUUACACUCAGUACAGUGAACCUAAGUUUGUCUGGUCUAGAGAUUUUCAUUCAUCAGCGUCUCUCACAGUGAGUCCUGACAGAGUGCAACACUUCACCUCUGACUCUGUCUCACUGAACUGUGAGGGAAACUCUACUGAGUGGAGAGUGAGAGGGCUUACUGGAAACCGCUACCUGUCAUACUGCUCCUACUGGGGGACAAUGACUGGAUCCACAUGCAACAUGUACAGUUCCUGGCAGAGUGAUGGAGUGUUCUGGUGUGAAUCUGGAUCAGGAGAGUUCAGCAACGCAGUCAACAUCUCUUUACAGGAUAUAAAUAUUAUCCUGGUGAGCCCUGUCCAUCCUGUGACUGAGGGAGAUCCUGUUAGUCUGAGCUGCAAACUGAGAACUGGAAUAUUUGAUUCCAAUGUGUUUUUCUAUCGUAAUGAUGAACUCAUUCAAAAUGAUACCAGGAAGGAGCGAAAUAUCUCUGCAGUGUCAAAGUCAGAUGAGGGCUUCUACAAGUGUCAGUACUCAGAAGAAGAGUCACCACAGAGUUGGAUGUCAGUUAAGGCAGUGUCCAGACCUGAAAGCUCUUCAUUUCCUGUCGGGUUGAUCGUUGGGUUGGUUUGUGGAACCAUACUACUUCUUCUUAUUCUUCUGUUCCUUUUGUAUUGCUACAGAUCAUCCAAAGAUUCACGCUGUAUCAGUCAGUCUGAGAGAACCAUCCAGGGCUCUGACACAAAUCAAGUGCUCAACCAGAAUGAGGCUCAAGGUGCAGUAUACUCCACUCUUCUCCAUGGUGGUCCUGUUGCCUAUGAAUCAAUCAAAGGCACUGAAGACACUGAAAAUGUUGCAGGUGGAUCUCAGGAUGUCACAUACUCUUUGAUUGAACUCAAAAACAUUAAAAAAAAAGGGAAGCAGCAUGGACCAGAGGAGAGCACUGUUUACUCUGAUGUGAAGACAAGAACUGCAGACGACAACCUGAUGUAUGCACAAGUAAACCACCACAACAAAGGCAAAGCAAAGAAAACCAAAGGAAUACCACAUCCUGCACCGACUGAAGCCGUUUACUCUGAAGUUAAACCAGGAACAUCUCUUGGUCUGUGAAGACAGCUGUAUCAUCAAAGAAAAAUGUCAGACAUGCUCAGUAUUUUGUACAGUUAAUUUGUUAGAUUAUAUAAUAGAGAUUUAACAAGAUUUUUAGUAUUUACACAUUUUGAAAAACUUUUUGAACAACUUGAUGCAGUUAUGAGCUUUAGUACUCAGGUGGUAGCGCAGCUUUUAAAGUCAGCAUUUUUUUUACAGUGUUAGAGCAGAAAGAUCCAAGACGGACAUCAACAAUUAUGAAUGGGGACUGUAUAUAUUUCACUUACAUAGUUUGUAUUUUUAAAUCUUUGUUCAUUUUAUGCAUCAAUAAAGUUCUUUUUUUGCACUGUU